AGAACAAAGCAAAAAGAUUUACUUCACGAAAAAUAUAUAUAUGUCAGUGAUGGAGGAAAACAAACGGACAACAGACAUUUUCUAUCACAACGUCACGUCAAUGGAAUCUUUAAACCACAAUUUUACAGUAAAUGUAAACAAUAGUGAUGAGUAUAUCACGACAAAUCCAGAAUCUGUCAGGGUCAUUAAUGGAUUUGUAAUACCUUCCUUAGCUGUAAUAAUUCUUAUUACCAACACUGUUGUCAUCGCGGUGUUUAAGCGACAGAAGACGUAUGGAGCGAGUCAGGCCGGGCUGGUGGGCGUGGCAGUCUCUGACUCACUCACCAUGUUAUUUCCAGCACCGUUUUAUUUUGUUGAAUAUGGUCUUCAAUACCAAAUUCCAUGUGAGUUUAUUUCAAUGAAGAAUUGGAUUUCUUUGUUUAUGCCAACCAUAACACACACGGCUUCUAUAUGGUUGACUCUCCUAUUGGCCACCCAGCGGUAUAUGUACGUUUGUCAUCCGUUCACGGCAAGAAAAGUUUGCACUCUUCGUAAUACAACAAUAGUGAUAAUAUCAACUUAUGUUCUUGCUGUUCUUGUACAUUUGAGCCAAUUCAUUGUCUCGAAGGUUCAGUUCUCCGGGAGAAUCUGUGUCUUUAAUUUCAGUGAGUACAUUGAUGUCAACGCCUACUUGAUCUCUUAUUUAUUCAUACGCAUUAUCCUUAUCCAGUUUGUGCCUUGUAUAUCACUCAUUAUUCUGAAUGCUAAAAUGAUUUGUGGCCUACGAAACAUAACCAACAAAAAGAUCGAAUUGAACGGCAACUCUGAAAACAGCAGCAGUACUGUGAAAGAAAACAGACGCGUAACCAUCAUGAUUGUGUGCAUGGCUGCCAUUACUCUGUUGGUAGAACUUCCGGUCGGGAUUAUUCAGUGCCUCUAUGUGGACAUAUAUCUCUCAGGUGCCACAUAUGACCUACAUGAUUUGCAAAUUUCUGAAAGAAUAGUCAACCUUCUCAUCAUUUUCUCCUACCCCCUGAACUUUCUCUUGUUUUGCAGCAUGAGUUCUGAAUUCAAGCAAACUUUAAAAGAUAUGUGCUGCUUUGGUUCAACAAACCAAACAAAAACACCAAACACAUAUACUGCAAGAGUUGAAAUGGACAAAAGUAAUGGGAACUUGUCUGAAGCACAGGGCCUUUUGAAAGUUUCGACACAUCUUUGAAACAUGUAU